CUUUUUGACUAAAAUCAUAUGAUAUCGCCAAGGAAGUGUUAGGCUGAUGGUUGGUGAAGAUUUAAACCGAAAAUGAGAGCUUUUUCCUUAUUAAUAUUGGCCUGGAUGUCCUUGCUUGUGGUUUUACCAGUGAUACGUUGUAAAGAACAGCGAGAACUAUCCGAAGGCAACCUUUUAGUUGUGACUGUUGCGACCAAAGAGACAGAUGGCUUCAGGCGUUUCAUGAGGUCUGCCCGGCACUUUAACUACACCAUCAAGGUGCUUGGCAGAGGGGAGCCAUGGAAAGGUGGGGACUAUAUGACCGCGCCAGGAGGGGGUCAGAAAGUGCGCCUUCUUAAAGCUGGUUUGCAGGAGAUGGAGGAAGACAAGGUUGUCCUCUUCAUUGACAGCUAUGAUGUUGUCUUCGCCUCCGGUCCCAAAGAGCUGCUGAAGAAGUUCCAGCAGACAAGACACAAGGUGGUCUUCUCCGCAGAGACCCUCAUCUGGCCCGACAGACACUUGGAGGACAAGCACCCCCACUUCCGAGAGGGAAAGAGGUUCUUGGGCUCAGGGGGAUUCAUUGGCUAUGUUCCUAACCUCAAAGAGAUGGUUGCUGACUGGACAGGGGAGGACAAUGACAGUGAUCAACUUUUCUUCACCAAGAUUUAUAUCAACCCAGAGAAAAGAAAAUCCAUCAAUAUAACACUGGACAACAGAUGCAGAAUGUUUCAGAAUCUUCAUGGAUCCCUUGAUGAGGUGGUGUUGAAGUUUGAGGACGGGCAAGUGCGGGCCAGAAACGUGUUGUAUGAUACAUUACCCGUCGUUGUUCAUGGCAACGGGCCCACCAAGCUCCAGAUCAACUACUUGAGCAACUACAUCCCCACAGUGUGGACGUUUGAGAUGGGUUGCAGUGUGUGUCUUGAGGACCUGCGGCCACUCUCAGGACUCAAGGAGAGCGAAUACCCACGGGUGGUUAUUGGAAUCUUCAUCCAGCAGCCCACCCCCUUUGUCAGUGUGUUCUUUGAGAGCUUGCUCAAACUGGAAUACCCAAAACACCGACUCAAACUCUUCAUCUACAACCAGGAGCAGCACCACAAGGUAGAGGUCAGCUCUUUUCUGAAGGACCAUGAGAAAGAGUACCAGGAUGUAAAGGUCAUUGGGCCUGAGGAGAACAUGGACAGGGUGGCUUCCCGCAACCUCGGCCUUGAUAUGUGCAGACAGGACAAGGACUGCGAGUAUUUCUUCAGCAUGGAUAUCGAAGUGGUUCUGAAGAACAAGGACACCCUAAAGAUUCUCAUCGAGCAAAAUGAGCCUAUAAUUGCACCCAUGAUAACCCGAGAAGGCCGCCUAUGGACCAACUUCUGGGGAGCACUCAGUGCUGAUGGUUACUACGCUAGGUCGGAGGACUAUGUGGACAUUGUGCAAGGACGCAGAGUUGGUGUGUGGAAUGUCCCCUACCUGACCAAGGUGUACCUGGUGAAGGCCAGCCUCCUUCAUGAGGAGCUCUCUGACUACGACCUCUUCAGCUCGGGCACCCUGGACCUCGACAUGGCCUUCUGUCACAACGCCAGAAACAAAGGAGUCUUCAUGUAUGUUACGAAUAUGCACACCUUUGGUCGGAUGCUGUCGACAGAAAACUACCAGAUGAGCCAUCUCCACAACGAUCUAUGGCAGAUCUUCGAAAACCCUAAGGAUUGGGAGGAGCGUUACAUCCAUGAGAACUACACAAAGAUAAUGAGAGACAAACUGAUUGAAACACCUUGCCCUGAUGUAUACUGGUUCCCGCUAUUCUCUGAUAUCGGAUGUGACCACAUUGUUCAAGAAAUGGAAAACUUUGGACAGUGGUCAGGUGGCCGAAAUACGGACACAAGGAUCCAGGGCGGCUAUGAGAAUGUCCCCACCAUUGAUAUCCACAUGACUCAAAUCAAUUAUGAGAAAGAGUGGCAGAAGCUUCUGUUGGAUUACAUAGCCCCAAUCACAGAGACAAUGUAUCCUGGAUACUACACCAAGGCUCAGUUUGACUUGGCGUUUGUAGUUAGAUAUAAGCCAGACGAGCAGCCCUUUUUAAGGCCACACCAUGACGCGUCCACAUUUACUAUAAAUAUUGCACUCAAUCAAAAAGUGCUUGAUUACCAGGGUGGGGGAUGCAGGUUCAUACGGUAUAACUGCUCCGUCGAGGCACCCCGCAAAGGCUGGGCCCUCAUGCACCCUGGACGGCUCACCCACUAUCACGAGGGCCUGCGAACCACUGCAGGCACUCGAUACAUCGCAGUGUCAUUUGUGGACCCCUGAGUGCCAAUGGCAAUGUGCUGCCACUUCCAGGUGUCAGCUUUUGUUUCUAUGGUGCCUUUACUGAACUUUUGUUAAUUCAGGAAAACUCCAUUAGCCAAAUCCAAGUGGGCGUUGCGGGAGACCUUUUCUCUUGAAACCCCUUUCCACUGAAAGUCAUUUGAAACUUUUGUGAGACAAAUGUACUGUUUUAGUAUUAUUUUAACUGUCAAAAUAACUUGUUUUGUUGAAUCAAGACACUCCUACAUACAGUAUGAGGCAAUAAGAAUAACUUUAUUUGUAAAGUGCCCUUCAUUUCCAAAUACACUCCUAAUACAGUAUGCAAUGCACCAUGGUCUAGGAGAUUAUUAAAACAUCUGUCCUAUUUAUUAUUUUGAUAUUUGUAUUAAAGGAAUUUAUUCCAAAGAUUCCAUGUGGCUUUUCGAAUGUGUAAUAUCUAAAGAACACAGCUCAUAACACAUUCUCAGUCCCCUUGUCAUUUUCAUGUUGAAAACAAGUCCAUGUUCAGCACCCAAACAUUGUAGAUGCAAUGAAUAGAGCCGACGUGAGUCCUUAUUCUACAUGUCAGACAGGCAUGUUUGUUCUACAUUGCCUAUUUCUAUCAGAAUGUUCCAAAACGUUGCAUCAUACUGAAAGCGCACCAGAACAUAUACUGUAUGUUUCUCUUAAAUAACUAUACAUUUUUUACAUUCCAUGACAAGUAAUCGUUGAGGACAAAGUUUGACUGAAUUGAUCUGAUGCUGCCUGGGCAUACUCUGAAAAAUGUUGUAAACGCUAGUAGAGAUAGUUGUGAAAAUUUAUAUUUUGGUCAUUUGUCAAUAAAACACUGAACCAAACUGUGA